GAGCCAGUGGUGCUGACAGAUACAAAUCUGGUUUAUCCUGCUCUGAAAUGGGACCUGGACUACCUCCAGGAAAACAUUGGCAAUGGGGACUUCUCAGUGUAUAGUGCCAGCACACACAAGUUUUUGUACUAUGAUGAGAAGAAGAUGGCCAAUUUUAAGAACUUCAAACCCAAGUCAAGCAGGGAAGAGAUGAAGUUUGCUGAAUUUGUGGACAGACUCAAAGAAAUACAACAAAAAGGGAGUGCUGAGAGGCUUUAUCUGCAGCAAACUCUGAAUGACACAGUUGGAAGGAAGAUUGUGGUGGAUUUCCUUGGUUUCAACUGGAAUUGGAUUAACAAGCAGCAAGGGAAACGUGGUUGGGGUCAACUGACUUCUAACUUGCUUCUUAUUGGCAUGGAAGGGCAUGUGACACCAGCUCAUUAUGAUGAGCAGCAGAACUUCUUUGCUCAGAUUAAGGGUUACAAGAGGUGUAUCCUGUUCCCUCCUGAUCAGUUUGAAUGCCUCUACCCUUAUCCUGUGCACCAUCCAUGUGACAGACAGAGCCAGGUGGACUUUGACAAUCCUGACUAUGAGAAGUUUCCGAACUUCCAGAGUGUGGUGGGCUAUGAGACGGUGGUGGGUCCAGGCGAUGUGCUAUACAUACCGAUGUACUGGUGGCACCACAUUGAGUCUCUCCUGAAUGGGGGGAUUACCAUCACUGUGAACUUCUGGUACAAGGGUGCCCCAAUCCCAAAGAGAAUUGAAUAUCCGUUAAAGGCUCAUCAGAAAGUGGCGAUAAUGAGGAACAUUGAGAAGAUGUUGGGAGAAGCCUUAGGAAAUCCACAAGAGGUGGGUCCCUUGUUGAAUAUGAUGAUUAAGGGACGGUAUGACUAAUGCCUGGCUGCCCGGGUGACUGAUGUUGGAGCUGCUUUGUUCACAAGCAAUGGAAGAUACUGAGCGCUAGUAUUGCACGCAGCACUUAACAGACUGAUGGGUUUCCUGGCCCAUUCCUGCCCCACUACAAUAAAUGGGGCUACUGGAACUGCAAAACUGUUAGUACCCCAUUCAUCCUCCACUCUCAUCUAACCGAACCUACCAAGAAAGAGUCUGCACUUACUGGAAGCUGGAUUCAUGCUCACUAAUUUGUUUUUAUUCCUUCUCCCCUAUUUGCCACAACAAGGAGCAUGGCUUCUGGCACGUGGAUGUGUUGCUUCAGGAUUUUCAGGCAUUUGAAGAGGAGCUUGGAGGAGAACAAGGAGUGAUAUUGUUCCCCAGCCUCAUGGGGUUUAGGCCUCGUGGCUGGGCUUAUGUGUUGGUGCCUGCAGUGGAUGUAAGAUGGGAAGUGAUAGGUUUCACAGUCCUCUGUUGUUAGAGGACCUGUCUGCUCUACUCUGGCAGCUUUUUGUAUAACAGAAACGAACAUGUGAGAUGGCCUGUGUGUG